AUGGCCACCACCCCGACUCCAUCUCCUGGUGCCUGCUCCGUCCAGGGUCUGUGGGAAGACUGGUCAGCAUGGAGCCUGUGUUCGGCCACGUGCGGCCGCGGGUCUCGGACUCGAAGCCGGAGCUGUGUGGAGCCCCUGGAGGCUAGCGCCACCUGCAGGGGCCCAGAGGUGCAGUCCAAACUCUGCAAUAUAGCCGUGUGCCCGGUGGAGGGCCAGUGGCUGGACUGGUCAGCCUGGUCCGUGUGUAGCGUGACGUGUGGCGUGGGCUCCCAGCAGAGACAGCGGCGCUGCAGUCGGAGUGUCCACGGGUGGGCCGAGUGUAAAGGUGCUCACGCUGAGACCCGCGAGUGCACCAAGCCCUCAUGUGGAGGAGGUGGUAACUGGGGUGAUUGGAACUCGUGGAGUCCGUGCUCCAAAACGUGUGACUCUGGUUGGCAGCGGCGCUUCCGCAUGUGCGAAGGCACCGGUGUCCAAGGUUACCCGUGCGACGGCUCUGGAGAGGAGGUGCGCGCCUGCAACGACAAGAAGUGCCCAGAGAUGGAGCCAAAGGAUGCUGCAGCAGUUCUCUUACUCAGCAUCCACACUGCAGUUUCUGUACUGCAGAACCACCCCAUAAUCACUCUUAGUGCGUGUCCUCCGCCGCCACUGGAGGCCCGUAGCCGGCUGCUCCUCAAAUGCUCCAAGUGCGGAGUGAUCUCCAACACGGCCAUGUCCAGAGCCACCACCAGCAGCGCCAUGGCGUCGCUGUGGAGCUCCUGUGUAGUGCUCCCCCUGCUGGCCCUGACGUGGAUGAGCGCCGUGCUGGCCAUCACUGACCGGCGCUCCACGCUCUUCCAGGUGCUCUUCGCCGUCUUCGACUCCGUCCUGGGCUUCGUCAUCAUCACAGUGCACUGCGCCAUGCGCCGUGAGGUCCAGGACGCGGUGCGCUGCAGGAUGGGCGGGUGCAAGGACGACAGCGAGAACUCUCCGGACUCCUGCAAGAACGGCCAGGUGCAGAUCAUGACGGACUUCGAGAAGGAUGUGGACUUAGCCUGUCAAACGGAGAGGGGACAUCCAUUUAUUUUUAAGGAAGUGAACACCUGUAAACCCCGGCAACCAUCACCGGGACGCUGUCCCGCAUCUCUCUGGACGAGGAGGACGAUCCCAAGCUGGCCGCCCACCAGGAGGGGGUCAACUUCAGCAGCCUGCCGGGCAACAUCCCCCCUCCCUCCCAACCUCCUGGUGGCAGUGCCCCCUCUGGGCACGCUCAACGAGCUGGGGUGGGCGACUCCACGCCGCUCAAGAAGGAGGUGAACGUGGAGCAGCAGGGUCAGCAGGGGCAGAGCGGUCAGCACCAGCGCUCCGCGCCCGUCUACCUGUGCACCGACAGCGGCCUGGGCUGGGCUCGGCCGGCGGCCGCGCGGUGUCGUCCGGCUCGCCGAACGGCUCAGGAGGGAGCGGGGAGCGGGAGCGGAG